AUGAUACCUAAAAGAUUGCUUGGACGCCAAGCGACGCGUCUUUUGGUAGGUAUGAUAUUUUGCUUGCUUAUAUUUCACUUUGUUUAUCGGUCAUCGCCAAAGCCAUUAGUGAAUGGAGAUGCUAGUUCUAGGGUUGUAACAGCUGCAGACCCACCUGAAGUUAAGGGAGAAGCUGGAGUGGAGAAAGCGAACUUGAAAUCUAUCAGAGAUUACAGAGCCUUCUUUGACGGAUUGGAAGCAUACAUGCCAAAAUCACCAUCGAUUAAAGGCAUGUAUAAGACAAAACAGGCACCGGAAAUAAAGUCAGAGAAUGACGACUUUCUUUUGUCGAAGUCGUUAUUGGAGAACGUGUUGGAUAUUCCAGAUUCCACGUAUCAGGAAUUAAAGGAUUCGCAUUCGAGAUAUGUGGACAUUCAUAUGAACAAGCUUAUAGAGAACUAUGGGAUCUCCACCUUUGGUAAUAUAUUGAAGUCCGACCCUGAAUGGGGGACAUACGAGGGAUCUUCGGGAUAUGUGAUGGUUGGUGGUGGUAGAUUUAAUUGGUUGUCGUACCUUGUUAUAAAGCAGAUCAGAGCCACAGGAUCUAAAAUGCCGAUUGAGUUGUUCAUUGCUGCUGAGGAGGAGUAUGAAAAAGAAUUCUGUGAAGAACUAUUACCACGUUACAAUGCACACUGUAAUCUCUUUGAUUCAUCAUUAUCUGCCAACUUGAAGGAGAGAUUCGAUCUUGGUGGGUACCAACUCAAAAUGUUGGCUAUAUUGAGUUCCAGAUUUGAAAAUGUCAUGUACGUGGACUCCGAUAAUUUCCCGGCUAAAAAUGUCGAUUAUAUAUUUGAAAGCGACUUAUAUAAAGAAAAGAAUUUGAUUUUAUGGCCGGAUGCAUGGGGCCGUACCACCAACCCAAAAUUCUACGAGAUUGCUGGGGUCAAGGUCAAAGAAAAUAAAGUUAGAUAUUCGGAAUAUGACAAGAAACAGGCAGAACGCGAUGGCUUAUCUGGUGUCAAGCCCUUGUCUGAGUAUAACUUUGAGAAUUCUGCGUUCCACGAUUUUGAAGGUACCAUACCUAAUCCGACUUCUGAAACUGGUAUGUUUGUGAUUAACAAGACUUCUCAUAUGAAAACAUUGCUUCUUUGCUUGUACUAUAAUGUAUUUGGGCCAAACUACUACUAUCCAUUAUUAACCCAAGGGUCCGCUGGAGAAGGCGAUAAAGAAACGUUUAUCGCUGCUGCUCACGUUAUGAAUGAACCCUGGUUCCAAACGUUGAAGCAGUUCCAAUUUACGGGGUAUUUUUCCAAAGCGGAUAAUAACAAUUUCGCGUCCAAAGCCUUAAGCCACUACGAUCCAGUCGGUUCGGCCGUAACGAAAGAUAAUCUCGAUGUUGUAUUUAAUCAUUUAUCUUAUCCUAAAUACUAUCCUAACUGGUUAGUUGAUAAUCAUGACUUGAUCUAUGAACAGCUGGGAGAACAUAUCCGUAUGUAUAGUGCCAUUAACGAUAAUGUUGGGUACGAUUUCGAUUUAAGAGUAUUGCAGUUCUUCACGCAAGGAAUGUGCCCAAAUUAUUAUGACCCAAAGACAGGAAAGGCCAUUGAUGGCGAAAAUAUUUACAAAAAUAAAGAGUACAUGGGGAAAUACUUGCACUAUGUUUCGUCCGAAGAAGAGCUCGAAAGACAAAGAUGCGACCAAGUUUUCCUUCCUCAUUUGAAGUGGUUAAAGGAGACGACAAAGUUCCCAGAAAACCUGGUAGUAAAUGUAUAA